AUGAGCGUCGACUCCACCGCUCUGCCCACUGGCUCCACGAGGUCUAACGGGCGGAGACGAAGUCAGAGGGCCUGUGAGAUGUGUUACCAGAAAAAGACCAAAUGUGAGGUUGAGGGGCCUCAUAAGGCCUGUGUUCAAUGUAUUCGACGUAAUACCAAGUGUUUAUUUCCUUCACAGCAGCCGCAGCUGCCGUUGCAGGAGAAGGAGAAUGAGAAAGACAGUGAAUUCCAGAGUGGUGAUCAGUAUGUUGAGUCUUUAAAAGAUCGCUUACAGAGGGUUGAAUCCCUGCUGGUGGCGGCUGGUGUCUUGCGCGAGAGUGAUAUCGGUGAAGACGCCGUCUCAGAUGAAGAUGAGUGGGAGCACAGUAUCCGCUCUGUUUCUUCGGGUCAAGCAUCAAAUCUCUCCGGGCCCUCGGAGGGUCAUGAGACUGCACGUUAUGCCAGUGGUGGCGACUUCGCUGUGCCCAUGUUUAAUUCCCACGAGAAUGACGAGUCUAGAUACUUCGGACGCUCUUGUCAACUAUCCAUAUUAUCACGGGGUGGAAUCGAGUGGAUCAAGAGCAAGACCGGCGAAUCCAGCUUCGUGAGCAUUGUAUCUCCCGAUUCCACCUCCCAUGACCCGUGGCAUGAUUGGCGUCCAGAUGUUUUUCAUGAUCUGUUUGCCUCUCGGGUCUAUAAGCCGCUUCCGCCAAGGUCUGAAGUCUUUUCUCUUAUCAAGGACUAUUUUCGAACUGCGAAUCGAUUAUUCCCAAUUUAUCAUGAAGCCUCCUUCAUGAAGAUGGUGGAGUGGCAGUACACACAGCAGACAUGCGAUGACGCCGCUCGAUGGGCCAGUAUAAACAUAGUGAUAUGUUUGGCUUAUGAGUACCGAUUCUCCAAUAGCCUGAAACCGGAGAAAGAUCGAGAAAAGGCUCGGUUAUACUUUAAAAAUGCCAUGUCGGUUUUCACAGAGCUGGCAUUGCGGCGCACCGAUCUGCUAAGUGUGCAGGCUUUGAUCAGUAUGGGUUUCUUUCUUCGAGGCAAUUCUGGCACACAGUCUGCAUUGCCUUUUAUGACCGCAGCAAUGCGGUCAUGCCAGAGAAUGGGACUCCACCGUAAUAUCGAAAGACCAGACUUGAGCCCUGCUCAGCAAGAACAAAGGCGACGUGUGUUCUGGGUAGCAUUUACUAUCGAUCAGAGUGCAUGCUUAAGAGCCGGAAAUGCACCAUCUCAACACCCUGACGAUUUCGACGUUCCUCUUCCACAAUUAACAGAGGAGGACAAUGACCCAGAAGUGGCCCCAAAUAUCCACUUUUUCUGCCAGCUGUGCCGCAUGUCUCUUAUCAAGAGUCGCAUUUAUUGCCGGCUGUACUCCGCCAAGUCCUUGUUCAAGGACCCUCGUGAGAUCUAUGAAACCGUCAAAGAGCUUAAUGCUGAACUUGAGAAAUGGAAGAAAGACUACCCCUUCUCUGAGAUACCAAAGUUUAGGGGUGCUGAAACCGAUUUUCUGUUUGGAUUUGCCUCUGUUGGUCUCCAUUUCGUCUACUAUAAUGCCUUGAUCAUGAUCCACCGGGUACCUCUCCUUCUCCACUACCUAAUAACGAGGCGCGAAGAAGAAUCGGACGAGCUGAAGUCUCUCAGCAAAGCAUUCGCUGCAAAAUCAGGCCUCAUUUGCACAACAGCCGCACGAGACACACUGAGAAUGGUGAAUAAUAUGCCUUGGGGGGACAUUGCCUGGCUCUGGUCUUUAUUGUAUUACGUCUUUCUUGCAGCAGCAUCCAUUUUCUCCAACAUUCUCCGAGAUACUCGCAGUCCGGGGGUGAAAGAUGAUCUUAAGUCUCUCAACAUGGCAGCGACAUUCUUUACGAGCCUCGUUUUACCUAGUGAUGGUCCAACAAGCUAUGCGGGUUUCAUGACUCGCAUGAGUACCACGUUGGAGCGCAUAGCAAGAUUGGCUGUCGAAAGAGAUGAGAAGCGCGCUCGAAGCCCCGAUGACGAAGACGAGGACGACCAAGGAACAAAAAGACACAUCAGCCGAGCUUUCUCGGAGUCACGCCCGAAAAUGCGCCAUCGAGCUCCGACAUCUACAAACCCCCAUUCAAAAAUUCACCCUCAAGCACCUGCUCCGUCCAUAUCAAACUCAUCAGCCGCCAUCCGCUCAAACCUGCCAAUCGGCAUGCCCGAAGCCAUCGAAGGUUUCCCCUCCGUCAAUUCAUCCGGAUACGUCGUCCCGAUGAGUCCAGGCGAUCCCAACUUCCCCACGACGGCCAACCUCCACCAACAACCCUCCUACACCCAAGGCCUUGGUCUUAGCAAUCUCAACGGAACAGACGCAGAUUCGUCCUUUGCAACAGCAAACUACCCAAAUUGGCAACUAUCUCAAGACUACACUGGAUCAACAGCAUCCCCGCUCGACACCACUCAAAGUCCCUACUCCCAAGCCAGCAGCAACGGCACAGGAACCCUGAUCCCAGAAUCAUGGCAAGUUCCCCUAACAGCAGACUGGCAAUUCGGCGAGAAUCUAUGGGCAGGCCUCAUCCGCAACGAGAUAGGAGAUUCAAUACAACAAACCUCCCUGCCAAUCCUUAAUUCGGACUCAUUUCUCAAUGGUCCGAACGCAAUGGAGACUCAGACCCAUUCUCAGAGUCAGAGUCAGACUCAAUCUCAGAACUUUGCAAACGACCCGAGUUUUUACAUGAACUACGGAGCUCAGUCCAUGGGCUAUAAUUUUAUUCCCCCACAACAGGGUCCAGGUCCAGGUCAAGCUCCUUAUCAAGAUCAAGGACAGAAUCCCAACCAGGAUAUGGAUCACACCCAGUCGCAUUUCUCGAAUGGAUUUAUGGGCAUGUUCUAG